AUGAAUAGAAGUAUAAAAAACUCGAUUCUUACAGAAUACCCAUCACUUACAGAGAUUCAAGAUGAAAUAUUCCCAAAAAAAGUACCAAUUGUUCAAGUUAAAUGUCAAGGAAAUAUCAAUUUAAUUUUAAUUAAUAAUGAAGUAAUAUUUUUUAAUGAAAAAGAUGGACCAUACUAUCCAACUUUGCGUUUCUUACACAAAUAUCCAAACAUUAUGCCCCAACUUCAAGUAGAUAGAGGUGCAAUCAAGUUUGUUUUACAGGGUGCAAAUAUCAUGUGUCGUGGUCUGACAUCACCAGGUGCUAGAAUGGAUGUCGAUGUACCAGAGGCAUCUAUUGUCGCAAUUAUGGCAGAAGGAAAGAAACAUGCAUGUGCAAUUGGAUUAACAAAAAUGUCAACACAAGAUAUCGCAACCUAUUUCAACCAACAGAGUUAUGUUUUUGGUAAUUGGAAUAAUACUAUCAAUAGUCAUAGCAACAGCAGUAAUAACAGAGUUGAAAGUAGUAUAAAUAGUAGUAGCAGUAGCAGUAGUAGUAGUUCUAGUAGUUCUUCAUCAUCUACAUCAGUUGCUGCGACAACAACAACAUCGUCGACUACCAACAAUUUAUCAACAACUUCAUUAUCAUCUUCAACGUCAACACCAACAUCCACAUCAUCAAUAGCAGCACCAACAACAUCAGCAACCGCAACAUCUAUAGUAACAACAACAGUACCUUCAACCUCUACAACCUCAUCCUCCAGCUCUACAGUGACAACCAAUAUAUUUACAAAUCCAAUUAAAACACCAUUCAAACUAGAUCAUUCAACAAGUGUAAACAUCCAUAACUAUAAUUAUAAUUAUAACUAUAACUAUAAUCAUCCUGGUGUUAAAUCAAAUAACAAUAAUUUUAAUAUCAAUAGUAAUAAUAAUAAUAAUAAUAAUAAUAAUAAUAACAAUAGUAGUAGUAGUAGUUCUCUAUCUUCAAAUACAAAUGUAUCAAAUUCAAUCAUUUCACCUAGAGAUAAUAUAAAAACAAUAACAAUUGAAAGUAAUGAUAAUAGCAAUACAAACAAUAAUAAUAAUAAUAUAGUAAUAGAAUCAAAUAAAAUAAAUAAUGUAGUAAAUAUAUUAUCAACAAGUAGUAAUAGUAGUAAUAAUAGUAGUCCAACUCCAGCGAAACUAUCGAUUGAAUCAAUACCAGAGGAAAGAGCAUCGAGUGUUGGAUCGACUCAUUCUAAUCACUCAUCGAGUUCGUCAUUGUCAUCGUCAUUCUCUUCGAUUGGCUCGACGUCAUUUGUGCAACCGAUUUCACUGUCUUCACCCAACAGUCUACUGAAACCGAAUGAAGCAUUGUUUUCCAAUCAGAAAGUACUCUUGAAGAUCAUCAACAUCAAGUAUCCAUCGGUCGAGGUGGUAUCGCUCUUCCAACGUGAUAUCAAGAUAUCGAUUUCAACACAUUCAUCUCGAUUGCCAUUCAACUGGCAUCGAUCCUCGAGGAAAUACACCUCAGAGGAUGUAUCCACAGAGAUGUUCGACCAUCAAAUAUCUACAUCAACUCCAACAACAGUGUUCGACUGGCAAACUUUCAAGGAAACCGGUAGAACUCAACAUAAUGUUGAUUGUAGAGCAGAUCUAUAUUCUCUGGGAGUUACAUUUUACGAAUUAUUAACAGGUAGAUUACCAUUUCAAACCAAUGAUCUCUCUGAAUUGAUACAUGCACAUUUCGCAAAGAAAGCACCAUUUGUAUCUGAUAUCAAUCCAAACGUUCCAUUUAUUAUAUCAAAUAUUGUAGAUAAAUUAUUAAAGAAAUCACCAGAUGAGAGAUAUAACAGUGCAUAUGGUCUAAAGAGAGAUUUGGAGAUAUGUAAAUUUCAACUUAGUUCCAAUUAUAAUACUGAGGAUUUUGUAUUGGGUGUAUAUGACGUAUUGCAUCGUCCUCAUAUUCCAACAGAUCUCUAUUCAAGAAAGAAUGAAUUAAAUUCAAUAUUUGUAUCAAUUGGUAGAGUUUGUAAAGGUAAUAAAGAGUUGAUAUUGGUAUCGGGUCAUUCAGGUGUAGGAAAAACAUCGUUAAUCAACGCAGCAAAGAAAAAGUCACCACCAGGUCCCAGGUUUAUCUCUGGUAAAUUUGAUCAAUACAAUAGAGGUGUUCCUUAUAGUGCAAUCAUCGAAGCGUUGAAUGAACUGAUACAUCUAGUGUUGGUAUUGAGUCCGAUGGAGUUGGCAUUCUACAAAGAGAAACUUCACCGAGCACUCGGUCCCAACAUCGGUGUUAUCGUCGACGUCAUGCCAGCACUCGAGCUAAUCGUUGGAUCCUAUCCACCGGUGCCAUCACUUCCACCCUCCGAAUCACAAAACAGAUUCGAUCUGGUAUUCAAAGAUUUUCUACGUGUCUUCUCAGAGGAAGGACAUCCUUUAAUUCUAUUUUUAGAUGAUUUACAACGUGCAGAUGAAGCAUCUUGUAGAUUAAUUAGGUUGUUGUUGGAUAAUAAUAAUUUGAAAUACUUGUUGAUCAUUGGUGCUUUCAGAGAGAAUGAACCGAUCAGUGCGAAAUCUAUUGAAUUGUUGAUCAACGAUGACUCUAUUAGAAUACCUAUAACAAAGAUCAAUUUGAAAGCACUCGAUUUGAGCGAUGUCAAUCUGAUGGUAUCGACAUCACUACACAAAUUACCGAAAGAAACUGUUUCACUGUCAGAGGUGGUACUCUCAAAGACCCAUGGUAAUCCUUUCUUCACCAUUCAGUUCCUAAAGACACUGUUCAAUGAAGAUCUACUCUAUUUCGAUGUCAAUGUCGAUAGUUGGAAAUGGGAUAUCACUAAAAUACAAAAAAGACAAUUUACUGAUAAUGUUGUUGAGUUUAUGGUUGGUAAUUUACAACAAUUAGGUUUAGAAUCACAAAGAGUAUUACAAUUGGCAUCUUGUAUUGGUAAUAUAUUUGAAUUGGAUAUGCUAUCGAUCGUAGCAGAGUGUUCACCCGAAGAGACUUUGAAGCUACUUACACCAAUCAUAGCACAAGAUCUCAUUAUGAAUACCGAGGACAAAAAGUAUAGAUUUGUUCACGACAGAGUUCAACAGGCUGCCUAUUCACUUGUGUUCUUGGGUAAAGACAAGAAAGAGAUACACUUGAAUAUCGGUAGAUUACUAUAUCAAUCAGCAUUGAAAGAUCAACAAACUUCAAACAUAUUCGAUAUUGUAAAUCAAUAUAAUGUUGGAAUAGAUUCCGGUAAGAAAGCAAAGUUGUCUGCCGCCUAUUCUAUUGCCAAUUGCUAUUUGGAUUGCGCUGUGAAAACAAUGAAUCUGGAGAGUUGUUGGACGGAACACUAUCGCACGACCUAUGAAAUUUUCUUUGAGAAAUCAGAGUGUGAGUUUAUGUGUGGAAAUAUCGAUGAAUCAGAGAGAAUACUGGAAAUGGUCAUCGAGAGAUCAACCAAUUCCGAAGAUAAAGGUGAAGCGAUAGCACUGAAGAUUCAACAAUACACCCUGCUAUCAAAGUUCAACGACUGCGUUGAGAAAGGAUUGGAAUACUUGAAUUCACAAGACAUCCUAAUCGAAAGAAAACCCACCGAAGCAUCACUACGCAGGGAAUACGAAGAGAUCAAGCUAAAGUUGGGUGGAAGAUCAUUCCUCGAUUUGUUGAAUGUCAAAACUGUACCACCUCCAACAACUUGUGUCUGUGUAAAGGUGAUUGGUAUCAUGAUAGCUCCGCUUUUCUUCACUAAUAUUGCACUUCUCAGUUCAAUUCUGCUCAAACUCGCUGAUAUUUCCAUCACUGAUGGAUGUUCCUCGUGGAGUUCAGUUGGUUUAGUUAUGUUUGGCAUCAUGGUUUGUGUGGGAAGAUUCGAUGAUUUUCAAGUCGGCUAUGAAGUUGGCAAACUAGCAAUGGAGCUCAAGGAAAUCCACAACGAACCGUCGACCAAAGGCAAAGUUACAUUGUUGUUUGGUAACUUUAUUAAUCACUGGAAAGCACACAUGUCUACCAAUGGUACGCUGAUUAAGCAGGCAUUCCUCGAAGCAAUAGAAUCCGGUGAUAUGGGAUACGGUUGCUACAGCAGUGUACACUUGCUGUUCCAAAGCAUUCUGGCUGGACAUCCACUUGUGGAGAUCUAUGCACUCUGCAAAAAAUACAAAGCUUUCAUUGAGCAAUACAACUUUGUGCCAAUGUUGAGAAUCGCACAAUCGCUGCAGCAACUGCUGCUGGAAUUCGUUGGACAAGAGAGUCUGGAGGAUGAAUCCGUCAAGGAGUGGGACGAGGCAUCGUUCGAAGCCGAUCUCGACACCAUUGAAAUCGAAUGUCCAAAGGGAUUUCACUAUGUUUUCAGACUGCAGGGAUUCUAUAUCCUCGGACAAUACGAUCGUGCUUGGCGCGCUGCACUAAUGACCGAGCGAUACAUAAUGGGUAUCUAUGCGCACAGUCCAAUGGCAUCUUACUAUUGUUUCAAGUGUUUGACGAUAAUGGCAUUGUUUGAGGGUUACGACGAAGCAGAGAGAAUAGAAAAACUCGACAUUGUAUCGCAUUGUCUGGAGCGGCUGGAGAUAUUCGCUGCACACAGCUUUGAGAACUUUGGUUUGAUGGUCUACAUUGUCAAGGCAGAGUUGGCAAGAGUUUCCAAGCGAUAUAUCGAUGCGAUGGAGUUGUUUAAUGAAGCGGUAUCCGCUGCUCAAACUCACAAAAUGACAGCUGUCCAACCAACAUCGAACCACGACUCUCCAUUCGAAGAAGAUCACAAGAUGUCGGUGGAAGUUCAAUUCAUGGCACCAGCAACAAAAACAUCAUUAAAUAUCCACAGGUCGAUGCUUUCGAUCUAUGUUCAGUCAUCACUGUUUCUCAUUCUCUGGCAGAGGAAAUCUAUUACGACCGACUACUAA